AUGAAACCAGAACAGAUCUUACAGCGACUGUAUUACGAUCCCAAGACAGGUUAUGGGGGAGUCCUGGCGUUGUAUCGUCGAGUGCGUCAAUUAGGACACAAGAUUACCCUGUCUCAAAUUCGAGAAUGGGUGAAAGCUCAAGAUACCUAUACCUUGCAUAAACCGAUACGGAGGAAAUUCAAGCGACGACAAACACGAGUGACGGAUAUGGAUGAACAAUGGCAAUUAGAUUUAGCCGAUGUCUCCAGCUUGAAACAAGACAAUAAUGGGUAUACGUUUUUAUUAUGUGCCAUUGACGUGCUGUCUAAAUAUGCCUGGGUCGUGCCUUUAAAACAGAAAACGGGGAAAGAAAUGAUACGAGGCUUACGACGGAUUUUUCGAGAGGGACGUCGCCCCGUGCGCAUUCAGUCCGAUCAAGGAAAAGAAUUUACCAAUAAAGAAUUUCGUCAAGCCUUCAAAUCCAUUCAUUUCUUUACGACCCGUAAUGCCGAAACCAAAGCCAUAUCCGGCGAGCUCCUGCUCGUCAAUGCCAAGAAUGUCUUGACCGUAUGGAAAACCUUGUAUGGAAAACAGAGUGCCGAUACCACGAGUCGCUUGCAAGUGGGGGAUCGUGUACGCAUUAGUAAAGCCAAACGUACGUUUGAAAAAGAAUAUUUACCGAAUUGGACCAAAGAACUGUUUACCAUCUCUAGAAAAGUGCCAGGACGAAACGUCUAUCGCAUUCAAGAUGAUCACGGGGAAGAAUUAGAAGGAACCUUUUACGAGAAGGAAUUACAACAAGUGAUUAAAGACGAUGAUGUCUAUGAAGUGGAGGAAAUAUUAGGGUAUAAAAAGCGGCGUGUGGGAAAAAAAGUCAUUUCAGAAGUCAAAGUGCGUUGGAAAGGAUAUCCUCCCAGUUUUGGUUCAUGGAUUCCGCAAGCGGAUCUCAUUCUGCCAUGA